AUGGCCCCCAAAGCUGCCAAGGGCGAGUAUAUCGAGACAGACACGGGGAACAAGAUCUCGCGCCGCUCCCAAAUCCACGGCACCCAGCACAUCAUCCUGGGCGGCAAGACGGUCAUCCAAGCCGAAGCCGUCAUCAGAGGCGAUCUCUACCGUCUAUCUUCCACCGCAGCCUCCGACCCCACCAACCCGCCCGCACAGCCCAACACCCCCAGCGUCGCCAUCAACGUCGGCCGCUACAGCUAUAUCUCGAAGAGCGCCGUUCUCCGGCCGCCGAGCAGGCUGCAUCGUGGGGUGCACUCGUACUACCCACUGAAGAUCGGCGACCAUGUCUUUGUGGGCGAGGCGGCGGUGAUCGAGGCGGCGUCGCUUGGGAACCAUGUGCAAGUCGGUGCCGGGGCGGUCGUGGGGAGUAUGGCUAUCAUCAAGGAUUUUGCGGUCGUUUUGGAGGGGGCUGCUGUGCCGCCUGGCAUGGUGGUGCCGAGUUGGUGUGUUGUUGGGGGGGAAGCCUGCUAG